AUGCCUUGCCGUUGCUACAUCGUCCCCCCUCAUCUUUUGCGUGGCAUUGCCGACAGCCAAAGCAACCCAGAACACAUUCGCAAAGCGGCUCAGGCCUCGCUCGCAGCUCAUGACAGAAUCACUAGUCUGCGAAAGGAGCGUCUCGCCGCCUUGACGACUCCUCGUGGCUAUCAAAACAGCCGCCCUGUCAACUUUCAGCCUCAGCACAUCAUCCCUGACGCCUUGCUUCGCCAUAUUUCCGAGUCAGAUCAGGUUGAUGAAAGCACUCGCACCCGUGCCAGGCGAGAUCUGAACCACCUCCAGCAGAUCCUCGGAAGAGUCCAGGCCUCCCAGCAAGGUGAAUCGUCGAAUCAGUCUCUCGGUGCUGCAGCAGACGCAGACAAGGACAAGGACAAGGACAAGGACUCUCCCAAAGACGCCCCAUACCGCGCCAUUCAUGACGCCCAGAACAGCAACGACGAGAGUGAUCUUCCAGGGAAGCUUGUUCGCUCUGAAGGGCAGGCAAAGACCAAGGAUAAGGCUGUCAACGAGGCGUACGACAAUGUGGGUAUCGUCUUGGAGUUCUACAAGAAGUAUUUCAAGUGGCUUUCCAUCGACAACAAGAACAUGGAUAUCAUCAGCACUGUUCACUUUGGAAAACGCUACGAAAACGCCUUCUGGGAUCCCGAGAAGCUGCAGAUGGUCUUUGGGGAUGGUGACGAAUUUCUCAACAACUUCACCGGGUGCAUCGAUGUCAUCGGACACGAGCUGACCCACGCAGUCACGGAACACACCAGUCCUCUUGACUACUACGGUCAGUCUGGUGCUCUGAAUGAGCACAUUUCUGAUGUCUUUGGCAUCAUGGUCAAGCAAAAGGUUCAAGACGAAAAGUCAGAUGCGGCGGACUGGCUCGUUGGUGAAGAUUGCAUUCUUCCCGGCGUCAAAGGCACAGCCUUGAGGAGCAUGAAGGCGCCCGGAACCGCCUACGAUGAUCCACGUUUUGGCAAAGAUCCACAGGUUGCUCACAUGAAGCACUUCAAGACCAUGUUUGAGGACAAUGGUGGAGUCCACAUUUUCUCUGGGAUUCCCAACAAAGCCUUCCACCUUGCCUCGGUCGCAUUUGGCGGAUACUCUUGGGAGAAGGCAGGCAAGAUCUGGUGGGAGGCGAUGAAGUCUGGCAAGGUCCCUUCCAAGUGCACGUUCAAGCAGUUUGCCGAUGUUACAGUCGACUGUGCCAAGGAUCUUUACGGAGAGUCUGCUGCAAAGAAGGUCAAGAAGGCAUGGAAUGAUGUCGGCGUCACUGGAAAGGACUCAGAGCCAGUGCCAGACAAUUGGUGCAACAUCGCCUGA